GUGAACACUUUGGUGGGGUCUGGGGAGUUCGAGACGCGUGAAACCCAGAGAGACUUCAGUUGUCACUGCGACACCAGCGGAAUAACAUUGUGUUGUGCAACAUUCCAUGAAGAGUAAAGGUGAAAAAAAAUUAGCCAGUGUUUUCUAAAAUUAUAUAACGAAGUGUAAAUUCCAAUUGAAAUUGUACGAACCGUUUGAUAAAUCUCUCGAGGAUCGAUGAUCUUUGGAAAAAUCAAUCAAUGGCGGAUAUAAUUCUUCAAUAGUAUUAGGUAAAUCUUCUUGAAUUCAAUAAACUUGUAGUCACGGUGACGUGGCUGUGAGCGCCGCAUAAAGGGGCUUAAUGGAGAAAUGACUUAUUUCCAGCCGUAACCCGAACACCAACCCCGGUAUAGACGUUUACGGGGUGAUGGAUAGCAGGCGCACGUGACUGGUCACGUGGAUAGAAGCGAUCAGAGAAAUCGAGGAACGCUGAUCGUGAACGAUUCUCUGCCAGUUUUCCUUCACUUAUGUGGAAGAAGAAUUUGAUGCGUGACUUAUGUCGCAUCAAAGGAGAUUAAGAGAAGUUUCUGUUUGAUUUAUCACACAGAACGGAUUAACCGUUGUGAUUCAUAUAACAAUCGAAUAAGGACGCACGUGUUUUUCCAAGAAGUUGAAGAUUAAUGAUUUUGAAGAUCGAAGUAAUACAUAUAAUUUUUUUCUCGUCAUGAGGAAAAGUUUUGUUACGAGUUGACAAAAACGUUUAGAGCUAUCGAAAGUUCUAAGAAAAGGAAGCGCAGGAUGUCUGACGAGAUGCGCGCGCAGCCCUUAGACACGACGAUAUACGGUGGUAACAUAAUGCAGCCUGACGAGGAGAUUCAGUACGCGCCAAGAAGCCGUCCUGUUAGCUUUUAUGAUAACUUUAAGGUGAACCAUCGUGCUGUGUCACGUGUCAUUGUUUACGACGUGCCAAUGGUGACACCUUGCGUGACUUCCGCACUAAGUGCUGAUAAUUUAAAUCAAAUUCGCGAUAAUGGUAUUAAUUCGUCGAUGGCCACAACCAAUAACAAUAACAAUAAUCGUGUGAAUAGUGCAGUGAGUGCUGGUAACGUGACAAAGAUCCAAAAUCCCAAAGUCACAGGUGCAGUGUCAACAGGGAACAUAGGGAAAAUUUGUCGACUUGAGAAGGAGAAGGAGUUAGGUCGGGCCCCAUCAAUGGCCAAUUGUUUGUCAACCACGGUUCCCGUUAAUCUGGCGGCGUCUCAAAUUGCUGGCCGUCACACGCCCACGAGGAAUUCCCUUAGGCACAGCAGGAUGAUCGUACUCCAUCGAAGCGGCCAUCGACCACAGAAAUUUCUGCCACCGUUAGUUUAUCAUUGGCGGUUGGGAAGAUGUUUGGCAGCGCUACAAACGAUCCUCGGUGUUGCUAUUACUGUUUUAUCAUUAUGGUUGCUGCUUUGGGCACCUCAUUUGCCAAUCACGGAUAAUCCUUAUUGGAGUGGAAUGCCGUUAUUACUUUCGGGUAGUUUUGGUAUUUGCCUGCUGUGUUGUUUCAAGAAGGAAUAUCCUGGUAUGAGCCCUGGAUUCUGUCUCACGUCGACCAAGGUAACUAGCGUAUUUUUAGCUAUUCUAGCAACAGUGACGUGCUCCAUCGCUUGCGUAUUCUCUGCGAUACACCUGGCGCGCUUAAUGGGCCUGGAAUGCAACCCAGCACGCGUAUUGAAUGCUACUUGCGUGUGCAAGCCCCGCGAGAGUGCAUCAAAUUCCACCGAAACGGCAGUUAGAUACAUUGACCUGAACUGUCCCGAAGUUGAGAGUAUCCUGACCAUUCUUCUAAUUUUUUCCUCCACUUGCAACGCUCUUGGAGCCAUAGUAACUGGCUGGUAUACUUAUUUACAUUGGAGCACUAGGAACAAAAGACCAAAAUACAUGCAAGUCAGGACAAAUCCGAUCAGUGGGAACAAUUUCCUGAGCAGUAGGCCAAUAUACAAUCCAAAUUUGAGCGAACGAUGACAAUCUUUAAACGACACUGAUCGCAACGAUAUCUCGUAUCUUCGUUAUUCCUCGUUAAC